ACUUUAGUUUUCCGUUCAUCACUUUCGGUUCUGACUCACAGAAACCGGCUGCUGAUCCGCCCACAGCCGCGAGAAACGAAACUAAACCGGCAUUAAAGCCACUGAAGAGAUCAAAGACGAGCUACAACCGAAGACACCAAACCCAGAUAUAUUAACUGCUACAUCAUGUUCAAUCCAAGAGGAGGAGGACAGCAAAGAGGAAGAGGCGGCUCCAGUGGCCCUCAAAGAAGAGAUGGUUCCGUGCCUGGUCAAAGACAAGCAAGCAGGUCUCCCAGUCGAAGCAGAGGAAGCAGCAGAGGUGGCCGAGGGGAGGGGAGAGGAAGAGGAGGAAGAGGAGGAGAUGGAAGGGGUCGAGGUCACCAACAAGCCAGUGGAAGUACAAACAGCCAAUGGGAAAGACAACCCGAUGAAAAAGCUCAAGGUGCAAGAGGAGGUGGAAGAGGAGAUGGAAGGGGCAGAGGAGAGAGGAGAGAAGAAAACAAGCAACAAGGGAAGCCAAGUUGGAACUCUGUCCACCGCCCAAUGAUAAGGGGAGGCCACUCGAGAGGAUUCGGAAGACCUGUUUAUGGGUUCAUGCAACAAAAUUUGCCCAAUUAUUUUCUUCCAGCCCCUUUACAUCCAAGCAACCGCCCUGAAAACACAGGUCACCAACAAACUAGUAGAAGUAUGACUGAUUUAAGAGUUGGUCCACAAGGUGAAGAACCUCAAAGAGGAAGAGUAGAAACUCAGAGAGGUAGAGGUGGAAAUGGAAGAGGAAGAGGACGAGGGAGAGACGGCACCCCUGAAACGCGCAAACUUGGGUAUAAAAUGCUUGAAGGCCUGCUGGAGAGAGAAGCAUCCGAGGUGGCCAUCACCCUUUCAUCUAGCACAGGGCUCAAGAAUCUGCUUGACGACAGUACAAUGAGAAGCGACUUGGUGCAACUGGUCUGUCAAGUUCUCUGCAAGGCCUUCGGGUCUCGAAUUGACCGCAAGAUCGUGCUGCACUUGGCUGGCACCGUCAAAGACUCUCCGUUUUUCCGUAACAUUCUGCCGUAUCAUGUGACUGGAAUGAUGUCGGAUUACGUGCAAGCUCGAAGGGAGCAGUAUCCCCAACAUCUGAGCAACAUCAUCAGCCUUCUCUCUGAAGUUCUCAACAUGUUUCCCCAGAGCUCUAUACAGUCAGUCUCAAUGUUGGUGGCGCUUUUGAAACCGACCGUCAACCAGUUGCGUGCCUCUGGUGUGGAUAUCCUCCCCAGUACUGAUGAAGACUUGGAGAGGGUGCAGGGUUUGGUGGCCCACCUCCAAGAGAAAUCAAGGGAAGGCACCUUGCGCUCCGAUAACUACUCCUUCCUAGCAGCUGACGAGGAUGCCCCGCCUGGGGAAGUAGACUUCAGGACCAUGAGCAUUUAUCCAACCCUUGAGGAGUUCCACCUAGACCAAAAGCCAUUCCUGAGACCCAACAUAAUGUCUCAAAGCUUUCAGAAUGCACGCAUCUAUCUAGACACACACUUCCGACUUCUGCGUGAAGAUUUUGUGAGGCCGCUUAGAGAGGGAGUCAAGGAGAUCCUGAGGAACCAGCACAGUGAGACUGUCGAUGGAAUACCAAUGAAAAAGAGGCGUUUUAAUGACAUCAGAGUCUACUUUGACACCCGAUUGGUUUUGCCACUCUGCACACCAACAGGAAUCGCCUACAAAGUGCAGUUUGACCCGCGGCCUCUUCAGUUUGUCCGGUGGGAAAAUUCCAAGCGUCUUAUUUACGGAUCCCUUGUCUGUCUCUCCAUGGACAAUUUCGAAACCUUCCUGUUCGCCACUGUUGCCGAUCGGGAUCCAACGCUGCUGAGGAAGGGACAGGUGCAUCUCUGUUUUUCUUCUGAGAGCAGGGCCACGUUGGCCAGGAUUCAGCCCUCGGACUCUUUCCUGAUGGUCGAGACCACGGCUUACUUUGAGGCCUACCGAUAUGUCCUAGAAGGUCUCCAGGAGCAAGAUGAGAAUGAUGUUCCCUUUCAAAGGUACAUAGUGGACUGCAACACAGACGUAGAUCCUCCAGCUUACCUUCGGGUGGAAGGAAGGUCAUACGAUCUUUCUGGCAUCAUGGCAGAAGGGCAGGAGAAGAUUCCACCCUUCAACCCCUUGACCCCACACGCCUGGCCUGAUGAGAAAAAAGUGGGUCUCGAUGAAAGCCAACUCCAAGCACUUAAACUGGCCUUAACCAAUGAAGUGGCCAUCAUACAAGGACCACCAGGAACAGGGAAGACGCAUGUAGGCCUGAAGAUCGCUCAGGCUUUGCUAAACAACCAUGAGGCCUGGUCAAAUGGUAGCCCUAUGCUGGUGGUCUGCUACACCAAUCAUGCUCUUGACCAGUUUCUGGAAGGCAUCCAUGGAUUUUUAAAAAUGGGCAUUGUAAGAGUUGGAGGACGAAGUAACAGUGAAACUCUAAAGCCCUUUGGUCUGAGGGAGCUGACCAGGGCAUCAAACUUCCGCAAAAAUUUACCACAGCACCUGAGGAGAGCCCAUCAUGAAAUCUACACACAGAUGGAGGCUGCAGAGGAGCUCUUAAAGAGACAGUCCGCUCAGCUGGAGUGCAGCUUGCGUGGCGUCCUCAGAGAAGACUUCCUGGAGAGAUACAUGUCUCCUCAGCAUUGGGACAGCUUGUGUCUUCAGCCAGUGAUGGAUGGAUUUGAGAGUGUGGGGAAAAAGAAGCCUUCAAUGAUCGCAGAGUGGCUCGGCAUCGGAUUCUCUGGUUUUUUGCAGGGGCCACAACUAACAGAGAUGGCAGAUGAAGACGAGGCAGAGCUGAAUGAUGAAGAACUGAUAGAAAUCGAUGAAGAGGCGGAUCUGAUCCAGGCUGAGAGGAUAGUGGUGGAUGCGGAGCACAGGGAUAAUAACUGGAAAAAGCUGAAACAAGAUCAGAAGAACAUCGAUGACAUGGCUGAGUUGAUGCUGGCUAUGAACCUGAAUGAUCCUGAACCACAACAAGCAGCCAAGAAUCAGCGUCAUGGUCAGAGUCAUGCUGAUCAAGAGGAAUGGCAGAUUCAAGGCCACCAGAAGAAAAAAAUUAAGCAAAUGGCUAAAAAAGAGCUGACGAAAACUUCAGCUAUGAGUGAACAUCAAGAAAGGCAAACCAUGGAUGUGUGGAGACUCAGUCUGAAAGACAGAUGGAGACUGUAUCGGCUUUGGGUUUUGCGCUAUCGGACUGAUCUCCGCACUAAGGCCCUCACCUCUGAGCAGGUGUAUCAGGACGCCGCGGAGAGGCUCAAUGAAAUCCGGCGUCGCGAGGAUCUGUGUGUGCUGCGACAGGCUCGGGUCGUCGGUAUGACCACCACAGGAGCGGCUAAAUACAGACAGGCUCUGCAGGAGCUGCAGCCCAGACUGGUGAUCGUGGAGGAGGCGGCGGAGGUGUUGGAGGCGCACACCAUCACCACCCUCAGCAAAGCCUGCCAGCACCUCAUCCUGAUCGGGGAUCACCAACAGUUGAGGCCUAGUGCAACAGUGUAUGAACUUGCCAAGAAUUUCAAUCUGGAAGUGUCGAUGUUUGAGAGGCUUGUCAGAGUCAACUUUCCAUUUGUGCGCCUUAACUACCAGCAUCGCAUGAGGCCAAGCAUCGCUCGACUGUUGACUCCUCAUAUCUAUGAAACACUGGAAAACCACCCCUCUGUACUGGAGUAUGACAAUGUUAAGGGGCUUCUGACAAAUCUCUUUUUCGUGGAUCAUAGUCAGUUUGAGGAAGAGAUUAAGGAUGGACGGAGCCACCAGAACCCUCACGAGGCUCAGUUUGUGGUCGCGCUUUGCCGCUACUUGUUGUUACAGGACUACAAGCCUUCUCAGAUCACCAUUCUGACGACUUACACAGGACAGCUUCACUGUCUACGUAAGCUCAUGCCCUCUCCGAAUUUCUCUGGAGUCAAAGUCCACGUUGUGGACAAAUAUCAAGGGGAGGAGAACGACAUUAUCAUAUUGUCUCUGGUGCGCAGCAAUCUACAGAGGAGAGUCGGCUUCCUGAACAUAUCAAACCGUGUCUGCGUAGCCCUUUCUCGUGCUAAGAUGGGUCUCUAUUGUAUUGGAAAUAUGGACAUGCUCAGCUCUGUUACGCUGUGGAGCAACAUCAUUCACACUCUAAGAGAGCAUGGUCAGGUGGGUCGUGCUUUGACGCUGAGCUGUCAGAACCAUCCGGAUAAACAGAUCCUCGCAUCCUGCAGUGAUGACUUCAGAGGUGCCCCCGAAGGUGGCUGCAAUCAGCCCUGCCAAUUUCGCUUGGAUUGUGGCCACGUGUGCACCCGUAUGUGCCACCCAUAUGAUGUGGAACACAAGGAAUACAAGUGCAUGAAAUACUGCCAGAAGGUGCUGUGUGAUCUGAAGCACAAAUGUACACGUCUCUGUUAUGAAGAAUGUGGUGAAUGCCAGGUACCCCUAGACAAGAUCAUUCCGUCAUGCCAGCAUAGUCAGAGGGUGCCUUGCCACCUAGACCCUGCGAAAUUUGUCUGUCAAGAGCCUUGCCAAAAGACCCUCCCUUGCGGCCAUCCCUGCAAGGCAGCUUGUGGAGAGUCCUGCACCGCUCAGUGCAAGGUAACAGUUCAAAUGCAGCUGAAAUGUGGACACGUCCAGGAAGAACCAUGCUUCAUUUCCAGUGAUCCCAAAAGGAACACAUACUGCAGAACAAAAUGUGGCACCACCUUGGAAUGUGGCCACCCUUGCCCAGGAACUUGCCAUGGAUGCUGUCAAGGUCGCCUGCACAAAGCAUGCAACCACAAAUGCCAACAAACUCUGGUGUGUUCUCAUCAGUGUCGGGAGCCUUGUGUAAGAGAUUGUCCACCGUGUUCAGUUCGCUGCAAGAACCGUUGCGUCCACAGCGCCUGCAUGAAGACUUGCGGUCAGCCUUGCGCGCCUUGCAACGAACCCUGCGAAUGGCAGUGCCCUCACCACAGCUGUACCAAGCUGUGUCACGAACCAUGCGACCGUCCGCCUUGUUCUGUUCCCUGUAACAACACCUUGCCCUGCGGACACCGCUGCAUAGGUCUGUGCGGAGACCCUUGUCCCAAUAAGUGUCGCAUUUGCCAUAAGGAUGAGGUCACGGAGAUCUUCUUCGGCAAUGAAGACGACCCGGAUGCUUGUUUCAUUCAGCUUGAUGAUUGCAAGCACCUGUUCGAAGCUACAGGAAUGGAUCAAUACAUGAAUCUUGACGAAGACCAAGACGCUGAACUGGAUCAAAGGGCGAUCCGACUCAAGGAUUGUCCAAGGUGUCGCACUCCCAUUCGUAGAAACCUUCGGUAUGGCACUCACAUCAACCGCAGCCUGGCAGCCAUCGAGAUGGUCAAGGAGAAGAUCAAUGGUGUGUCGGAUGUUGUCAAGCAACAACAGGAAGCCCUUAGAUUGCAACUGCUUGGGAAGAAGAACUUGAGGAUUCAUCUUGGCCCAGAGUUUUUGCAUCUUAAAGAUAAGUUUAAAACAAAGGACCUUUCACGCCAACAACUUUGGCAUCUCGAGAACUUGAUGACCUAUCUCGAGAGUGUUGGGAAACUAAAAGCAAUGCAAGCUGCGUAUAUGACUCCCCUUCUGGACAAACUUCAGCCAUUCUCUAGCAAAAUUGAAGAAGUCUUGGAAUUCCUCUUACGUCCGACGCAGAGGUUUUCAGACCAGCAGAUUGCAGAUCUCGACCGUGAAUUGAAGAGACUCUCCUACCUUGCUGAGCUCAACGUGCGCUGUGGCAUGUCACCGGCCAAAAGUAUAAUUUAUGGCACUGAGGUCCAGAAAUUAAGAGAGAUCCUGGAGGACACUUUGCCUUUCUCCGAGGGUCUAGAACGUAGAGUCAAGCAGAUGUUCACGGAUUUGGACACCAAACUGCCACGCAGCGGCCUGGGCAUCACCGACGAAGAGAGGGUGAUGAUACUCAAAGCCAUCGGUUUGAAUAAAGGCCAUUGGUACAAAUGUCCCAACGGCCAUGUGUAUGCAAUCGGUGAUUGUGGGGGUGCUAUGCAACAAAGCAAAUGUCCUGAAUGCCAUGCUGCUAUUGGAGGCACUAAUCACAAUCUCAUUCAGGGAAAUGCUGUGGCGACUGAGAUGGAUGGCGCACAGCAUGCUGCCUGGUCAGAUGCUGCCAACUUGGCAAACUUUGACCUGCAAAACAUUGAAGAUUGAAAUUCUUAAGUACUGUUGUCUUCUAUCUGCCGAUAGGGUAUUAAUCUGGUUAACACAAAUCAUGAAAUGCUGUUUUUAAUCAGGCUGUAGUUGCAUCUUUUAGCAGAACCUUUUCUCCACACUUGCCACUGAUGGGAGAAUUAAACAACAUAUGUACAUACAAGUGGAAAAAACAACAAUAACAUCAUUCAUCACAGGUACAAAACAGAUACAAUGCAAAAUAUUAUACCUGUGAUGAAUUAUGUUAUUGUUGUUGUUUUUUCUGCUUGUACUGUAUGUACAUUUGUUGUUCUUCUGUGCACAACUAGUCAAUCUCAUGAUAUAUUCUGGACUUUUGGGUUCAUAACUCAAAUUUUCUAUUAAUAAUAAAAUAAGAUGCAGAUCAUACUUGAUUCGCUCAUGUCAGAUAAAAAAAAUGUGACAUGAGAGUCAAAAUCGUUGCAUCUGCCUGCUAAAUGAACAGUAACUACUAAUUUGUUUACUCACAUUUCGUGCUUGGUGCUUCGCACAUUUCAGUUUAUUAGCUUUUAAAAACAUAACAGAAUUAGUAUAACAGUGAUAAAAUAUGCACAAUUUGCUUGUUUUUAUAUCGUAUAGUAUAUAUUAUUAGUAUAUAUAGUAUAAAUCAGUCUUAUAAAAUAGAUAGAUAGUUGUGGUCCUGAAUGCUGAUUGGUCAAUAUGGCUAAAGUACUUAAAUCUCAUUGAUCCAGAUAAGCUUACAUGCACGAUGCUGAUCAAUGAGAUAAACCACCAAUGAUAAAUAUUAGCUUACAUGUUAUGAAACAUAUCACAGAAGAUGAGCACUUAAUAAAUCUGCUUAAUAAAAUCACGUUUUGAU